CCAAUAGCGUCUCAUCUGAAGAAAUCUCUACAACAAGCAAAUAAUCCCAAGUCAAAACCCCAUACUUCAAGCAUUGCACAAUCUCUUUCUCAUAAUUCAAAAGUACCAAAUCAACCCCAAAAUGUCCGUCCGGGUCAUCAUCUACGCCUACCGCAAGCCCGGCCUUGACCUCCAAACCUUCAAGGACCGUUACGAGGCCCACAUCGAGCUGGUCAAGCGUCUCUCUGGCGACGACUUCCCCCUAUCCCAUAAGCGCAUGUACGUCGCGCGCACCACUAUUGAGAACCCCCAAACGGGAGAAAACAACAACUCAACCCGCAAUGCCCUCACUCCCGCUACUGUUCUCGUCGGCCAGCAGACGGACUUUGACUUCGACGCCUAUGCCGAGCUCACGUUCGCGGACCAGGCUGCCUUUCAGACGUUCUCCGCUAAGGUGAUGGCACCUGAAGCCGCGGCGCAGAUUGCCGCAGACGAGGAGGGGUUCUUGGAUCGGAGCAAGUUGGGGAUUGCGCUUUUGGGGGAUGUGGUGGAAACUACUAACUGAAGACUGAAGAAGGGAUAGAAGGGGUGUGUGGUGUGACUGGAGAUGAAUACCUUUUGAAUUUCCUAUUUUAAAUGAGCUAAAAUGUACAUUUGAAUGUCUUUUAGAUCAAUGUAUGACGCUAGUUGCUUAUGGGUGGUGAUGGGAACCCUUUCAAGACUAGAC